ACUUUUUACAUCGAUCAAAGUUUAAACUUUGUCAAAUCUUCUACCUGAUUAUGUAGUAAACGGAUUCUCAAUAGAUAAUCCCUCUACAUUUCAAUUGCUCUACGAAAUUUAUCGAAGAAUUUGUUCAGUGAAAAGUCAUCAUGAUUUAUGGUUCAUAUGACGUCACAAAACCUGAGGAAACAUCAGCGGAAAACAAUUGCGAGAGUUCGCCUCGUUCUAAGCGAUGUGUAAGAUUUAAGGGUUGUAUAGCAGUGGCAAUUUUUAUCGCCAGCAUGAUCGUGGUCUUUGGCUGCAUGUAUGGAAUUGAUCGACCUGGUACCACCACUCCCACAAGAAAUGGAAAUGUAACGGAAACAGGAGAAAAAUGUAAGAAUUCGUCCAGCUUUAAUAAUAUUUCUUCACCUCAAGUAACUACUCAAGAUUACAUAGACCAUGAAGUUUCUGUUUCAUCGUUGAAACAACAAUCUUCUACCGAAGACACUAUCAAAAAUCCGAUUGCAGAUCCUAAUGACGAUUUGAUACAUAAAAACAUUACGUGGAUUAGCGAGUCAGUUAUAGGAAAUAAUCAGCCUAAGAUGAACCGCACAACAAACCCGGACCUAGAGGCAAGAAACUCAACAGAACAAAGAAAAUUAAAUGAUAAUUUUUUGGAAUCGCGUAUUCUCGAUGAGCCUACAGAAAGAACUGCGUCGGUUGAAUACACCGGAUCGUCUCUCACCUCCACCGAUAGUUCUUCAGCACCCUUUCCUCCUAGGGAGCAUCACUAUGAAACCCACAAUAUAAAGACUCAACGAAACUCCUCUCAAAAUUUCGAGGAAAGUGACGAGUCAGUGGAAUCUGAUAGGGAGCAUCACUAUGAAACCCACAAUUUAGAGCCUCAGCUAAACUCCUCACAAAAUUUCGAGGAAAGUGACGAGUCAGUGGAAUCUGAAGAAGAUUUGGAGCAACUAAACCCUAAGUUGACCGAUGUGUCAGCCGAAGGACCUCGUAACCCUGAGUCAAGCCACGCGACGAUCGAAGCAUAUCAGCAAAGUCACUCUUCAGCACUAAACCCAUUAGUGAAUAUUGAUUCAUCUAUUCAACAAAGUAUUGGCAGUUAUUCGGAUAAAAGUCAAACCGAGUCGGUUGCCCCUUCUUUGACGCAUUCAUUAACUUCAGACUCUACUGCCAAUGAAGCUUUGGAUUUAUUGACGCAACCGUUAAAUUAUUCUCUCCAACACGAGACAGAGAAAAAGAAUACGAAUUUGAACUCUGAACAAAAUUUGGAGCCUGGGAACACCGCGCCGACUGAUGAAUUGUCAAUGCAACUUGAAAAUCCAAAGUUGGACAACUUGGCAAUAGAAAAUCAAUGGCCUCAAAACUCCUUCGCGCAUAAUUUAUUUAAAAUCGAGGGAAAUCCGCUAAAUGUGGGUUUGACUACAAAUUCUACUGAAGAUCAAUCAAAAAUGAUUUAGGCUAACGCCUCUUAUGAUGGUACAAAGGGUAAUACAGAACCUAUUAACUCCACCCAUACAGAUACCAAGUGACGUAGCCCCAGACCCUGGUCAUUCCAUGAUAGAAAAAUAUAACUCAGUAC